CUUCCCGUGAGGCCCCGCGCGGCGCGGAGGGAUGGCGGCGCGCGGCGCGUCGCUGGUGGAGGCCGUGCUGGCCUGCUCGGGGCGCCAGGAGAAGGAGGGCCUCUGCGGCCGCCUCGCCCGCCUCUCUCACCGGGCGAAGGAGCUGAAGGAGGAGGUGUGCAGCAUGAUCAACCAAAGGUACAUUGAAUUUCUGCCCAGCGUGCAAAGCGCCAAGGACCUGGAAUCCCAAGUGGAGGAGCUCUCUGCUAGCAUGGACCAGCUGAGAUCCAGGAUCGAGAACGAGGUCCAGCAAGACCUCAACGUGGCCAUUGCAGACUUUGCUGAGCUGAAGCGACAGCUGGAGAGGGAGGUGCUUGUUCUGAGUGUGCUGAAGCAGCUGCAGGAGUUUGAUGCUGCGCUCAAACAGUUCGGCACCUUGUUGCCGCUGAAGAAGUAUGCGUCAGCAGCUCGCCAUCUGAACAAGGCCCAGAGGAGCCUGAAGACCAUGGAGUCUCGUGGGGGUUUUGAGCUGAAGGUUCUGAAGGCGCUUGGCCGGGAGCUCACGAUACAGACUCAGAACAUUCUGUAUCUCUUGGGUCAGGAGUGGCAGCAAAUGGUGGUGUGGAAACUUCCCCAGUCACAAGAACUCAGCUACCUAGAGGCAGCUACCCAAACGGAGCUGCGCUUGUGUCUGCCUGUAGAAGAUGUGGCCACAGACCCAGGAGUUUCAACGGUCCUUCAGGCUUUUGCCAUCCUGGGGGAACUGGACACAAAGUUCAAGCACUUUGGACAGUUACUGCUGAAGCACAUCCUCAGGCCCUUGGUCUGUUGUCCCUCCUUGCGGCUGUUGACGGAAGAGCAGCCGGAUGCUGUCACGCUCAAAUUUGAGUCCGUGGGCUCCAGUCUCGGCCAUCCGUCCCCCUUGGAGGUGUUCGCGAAGCUCAAAUCGGUGUUCAGAGUCCUCCACCAACACCUGCUGGGCACAUCGCUUGCCCAUUGCGAGGGAGAGGAGGAGACCAAUGCCCAGCCAGUCUUGGCGGAGGUGCUGGGCAACGUGAUCUGGCAGAAGAUGUCGGAUUGCCUCAUUUCCGACUGCUUGGUGCACUCGAUCCCCAACAACAGCAGCAAACUGGGACAGUAUAUGGAGGUUAUUAAAGCUACAGAAGAGUUCGAAGAAGCCUUGAGAGACAUGCAGUUGCUCAAGGAGGAUUCCACGGACUUGUUGACGUACGCCCGCAACGUUAACUGCCACUUUGCUAACAAGAAAUGCCAGGAUGUGAUUGUGGCAGCAAGAAACCUGAUGACCUCAGAAAUACACAACACGGUGAAGGUUACCCCAGACUCUGUGGUAACUCUUCCCCCACUGCCUGACUCUGGAGCAGGUGACCAGUUAAAGGUGCUGGAAGCACCCGAGGUGCUUCUCAAGCAGGCGACCAACUUGGAGAACAAGGCCAAGCUCAGCCGCUACACCUUCGCUUUUCCCACCUGCCGCGUCAGCGACUCCGUCCAGAAACUGAUGGCUUUGGCCUAUCAGACGCUCCAGGAGGCAUCUGCCAGCACAGAUCCGUGCUGCAUCCAGCUCUUCUACUUGGUGCGGAACAUCUUCCAUCUGUUCUGUGAUGUGGUGCCAAUGUAUCAUAGGGAGAACCUUCAAAAGCUUCCCCAGCUGGCUGCUAUUCACCAUAACAACUGCAUGUACAUUGCCCACCACCUCCUGACCAUGGGCCACCAGUUCAGGAGCCGCCUGAGUGAUGGGACAGCCACCUUUGUUGACUUGGUGCCUGGAUUCAGGAAACUGGGGACGGAGUGUUUCCUUGCCCAGAUGCGAGUGCAAAAGGAGGAGCUGCUGGAGAGGCUGUCCCUCUCAAGGAAUUUCUCCAACCUGGAUGACGAGGACAACUCUUCUGUGGCGAACAGAGCUGUGCGCCAGGUCCUGCAUCAACUGAAGAGGCUUGGCAAAGUCUGGCAGGACGUUCUGCCGGUGAAUGUCUACUGCCGGGCCAUGGGGACUCUGCUUAGCACCGCCCUUGUGGAAAUCAUGAGCAGAAUCCUUGCUUUGGAGGAUAUCUCUGCCGAGAAUGCCUACCGACUGCACGCCUUGGGCAAGGCUGUGCUGGACGAGGGCCCCCGGGUCUUCAUACCCCUGCCGGAAGAAAAGGAGAACCGGCGCUUCCAGGAGGAGGUCCCGGUCUAUGUGCCAAAGUGGAUGAUGUUCAGGGAGCUCAUGUUCGUCUUACAGGCCAGCCUGCAAGAAAUCGUGGACCGGUGGGCGGGCAGCAAAGGGCCUUUGGCAGCCGAGUUCUCCCCCAGCGAGGUGAAGAGCCUCAUCCGAGCCUUGUUCCAAAACACGGAGCGGAGGGCGGCUGCCUUGGCAAGCAUCAAGUAGCGUUUGCGCCUCUUACGGAAACGCCGUCCUGGGCGCACUUCAGUCCCUGCGGCUCGUGCUGCUUCCUCCCCAGUUUUAUCCUCCCCUUUGCAGAGGUCUCUCCGGGGCUGAUGCUUCUGGCCGUUUCUGGAGGCCGAGCCUCUGGGGUUGGAGGAGCCCCCUUUGAGACACUGACCGGGUCAUCCUAGUGACCGCCUCCCAGGCCUCCAAAACUUAAUUUCCGGGCAGAACACAAUCGACUGGAACUUCUACCCAAAGAAGAUCCUGACUGGUCCCGCUCCUGGUUCAGGUCUCAGCCGUGGCCCUGCCGCUUUCUGUGUUUGGUCAUAUCUGUUUGGGCUUGCUGGAGCUCUGGGCAGCUGGGAACGGAACAGGACGCCUGGCGCCUGGAUCGUGAAGAAACAGCAUCUAUGCAGCUUCUUCUAAAGGGAGCCCUCCUCUUGCGCGCCUUACUGCUUCUCUUUUGCAAGUGGCUUUUGAAGCACACGUGACUUGGGGAAAAAAAAUUGGUGGCCUUUCAAGGCUCUUAAAGUGCCAAAGCAUUCUUGUUCUUCCCAGCCUCUGCCUUUACUCUGUGUGGGGAGGAGAAGAGGGGGACUGUCGUGACUGGAUAAAGAAGGGAAAAUGGAAUCAGGUGGCUGGUCCUGUCCCCAGCAUUGGAUGCUUCCCAUUCUCCCAGCACCCCGUCACAUCAGUAAUGAUAGAAGCCUCCACGCUUUCAGCAAUUCUCCUCCCAUGGAAGUCGCUUGAACGGGCCGGUGGCCUCUUUACUGAACAGGCAUCCAAGGGGUAGCAGGCUGGCCUUUGAGGCUGGUGCUUCAAUUCAACUGUGUCCCAUUUCUCGAUGCAUGACACCUGCCCAGAUGCCCCUUGCUGUGUCUUUCCCAACGCCAGGUCUCUGAUUUGAUCCCUGCAUAUUGGCCGUUUCUAAACAUUCUCAUUUUAUCAGCAGGCAUCCUUCACUCCCAUCUCUUUUCACGCGUAGAAUCUGAGGGCAUCUCUUUCUGAAAAGCCCGUCCACAAGUCUAGCGUUUGGGGAGACAGAUCAUGCUUUUGGUGCAAUAGCCCCUCUCUUAUUUGGGCUUUUUUAGCAUUUAAAAUUAAAUCUCUAUCUCUGCCUGCCUAGAGUAAAAGCCAGUCCCUGCCCUGUUUUCGAAAGACUAGAAGAAAGAAGUGCUAAAAUUGGGGGGGGGGGAGGAGUGUUUGAAUUAACUAUUUCUUAGGAAUUAUUUUGUAUCUGAUUUCUGUGAUACAGCCUGUAUUUAUAAAGAAUA